AUGGACUCAGCACCUAGAGAUGCACUUGACUUUCCAGAGUCAGAUAGGGGCUUCUUAGAGCCCCAUUUACCACCCCAGGAUGGCUCGGUACCUCAAAUUGAUCUCCCGUUCACAACGCUCACAUUCGCGACCUCGCUGGACUCAUCUCUGGCACUCUCCCCUGGUGCACGUACGGUGCUUUCAGGCCCUCAAUCCAAGGCAAUGACUCACUAUCUGCGAUCUCGCCAUGACGGAAUUAUCAUUGGUGUUGGCACGGCAGUGGCAGACGAUCCCGGUCUCAACUGUCGAAUCACAGGAGUUGGGGGUUAUGGCCAGCCGGGCUUAGAUGGGCAGCCUCGACCGGUUGUGAUUGACCCGACAGCCAGAUGGGAGUUUUCAGACGACAGCAAGCUGUUCCAACUUUGCAGAGAGGGGCGUGGCCGUGCCCCAUGGAUCAUCACCGCAGUUGAGAAACCAAACGCCAAGAAGCAAGCGUUGCUGGAAAGGUACGGCGGAAGAUUUAUUCCAGUAAAAAUGGUCAGGACGCAUACCGGCCGACAUCAAAUAGACUGGCCAGAAUUGCUCCUCACCCUGAAAUCGAAUGGUCUCGGGAGCGUCAUGAUAGAGGGUGGUGGCCACGUUAUCAAAUCCCUUUUGAGCCCACUCUACAUGUCCCUGCUGGACAGCGUCAUUGUUACUAUUGCUCCCACGUGGCUGGGUGAAGGUGGCGUGGUCGUCUCCCCUGAUAGGCGCUUUGACGAUGAUGGAAAUGCGAUCUCCGCUGUGAGACUGAAGAAUGUUAAAUGGUACCCGUUUGGGGAAGAUGUUGUGCUUUGUGGACAGGUAAAACUGUCGGACUGA